AUGGAAGUUAAUUUUGGCCCUGGCCCUGUGUACCUUUCGUGUGAUAAUCCAACUAGCCGUGUCGGUGUCAGCAUUUCGAGCACACCUGACACCACAAAAUUCACGUCAACUUCACAUGCCCUAUCAAGUAUCUCAGAUUCUUCUGGGACAUUGGGCCAUUCUUCACCUCAGGCAAGCCCUAACACUCCAACACCAACAAUUCCUCUAACCAUUUCAUCCAUGGUCCCCACUACUAUUCCUUUGACAUCUCAAAUUCUUGGAAUUGGGCAGACAUCUGUUGCCUCAACAACAAUCACAGGUUCAUCUUCUUUCACUAAACCUAGUUCUUCAACAACAGGAUCCAGUGGAAUGGUAGCUACACUGUCAGGUGUUGAUGCGAGCUAUACCUCUGGUCUUCCAACAGUGACAUUGCCAGCAUCAGGCUCUGAUCCACACAGCAUUCUGAACAAAGGACAGAUAAUCAGCGUUUCUGUAGGGAUAGGAGCGACCGUUGCUGUCAUUUCAGUGUUUGUUUUCUACAUUUUCAGACGUGUCCGAGCAUCUAGGAGGAUCUCAACAGCCGGGCAGCCCAAUCCUACCAGAACCCACGGACCUAUCAGUGGGACUCGUAAUAUGAUCGAACCGUACAACGUCGGAGAACAUGUUCGGACUUCGUGGGACGAAGACGUUGCAACGCUACGGAAGUUUAAUAUGACUGGAUCUUAG